CCGCUCUCCUCACACAAGGGCUUGUGGCAUUUCAAGUGUCCGACAUUUUGUUUCGUUUGCAGCUCAGGUCUGCUGCUGUUGCGGUGGUUGCCUCCGCUGCUGCCCACUAGUGGUGUCAACAAUAAUCGAUGCGGCAAUGCAUUGCAUCAAGGGGUAUGGACGAUUCAGCAUCGAUGCAACAACAUGCUGAAUCGAUUCAGCGCAUUUCAAAAUAAAGAAAUAAAAUUGUCUUCCGCGGGUAAUUCGCUGAGGCAACUCAAUGAAAAUCAGUUGCCUCAUCGGAGCAACGUCAUAGACAUGCGCAGUCAGGCGGUCAAAUCGAGAGAGCGCGGAGAUCAGCAGCAGUAUGGCUGAAGCGGAGAAAGAUGGAGAGAGAGAGAUUAUCGAUGCACCAAAAAUGUGGAAAGCAGACAUCUGGAGACAUUUUGGUUUCUACGAGGUUGGUGGGAAACUUGAUCAGAGUUAUGCAGUGUGUAAAACAUGCCGCUCCAAAAUCAAGCAUGUUGGAAAUACAACCAAUUUCACCAACCACAUAAUCCGUUGGCACCCCGAAUUGGCUACAGGAUCCAAAACCACACCGCAGCAAGUUAAAAAUCAACCAAGUAUUCAACAGUCGAUAGUGUCACCACUACCACCAAACUCCGAUAGAGCGAAGAAGAUUACACGCUCUGUGGCAUGUUUCAUUGCCAAAGACCUAAGACCAUACUCUGUGGUCGAAAAUGCGGGAUUUCGCCACAUGCUGAAAACCAUUGAGCCCCGGUACAAGUUGCCAGCCAGAGCCACAUUCGCUGACUCUGCCGUUCCUUUACUGUACAAAGAAGUGAGAGAGGAGGUAAACACAUCGCUGCAACAAGCUACUCGUGUAGCAAUCACCAGUGACGCCUGGACGUCUAUCGUAACAGAGUCUUAUAUCACCAUAACAGCACAUUACAUUAGCGAAGAUUGGCGGAUGAUGUCCCAUGUGCUGCAGACCAGGGCCGUGCAUGAGAGCCACACAGGGGCUCACAUGGCGACGCUACUGUUGGAUGUGGUGGAUGAAUGGCAGCUAACGGAUAAAGGUGUUGUGCUUGUCACGGAUAACGCCGCUAACAUGACAAGUGCGGCUGAAAUCGGCCGGUUCCCCCAUGUGAAGUGCUUCGCGCAUACUUUGAAUUUGGCAGCACAGCGGGCGCUUAAGUUACCGACGGUCUCCAGGCUUCUGGGCAGAGUGCGGCGCAUCUCUGCAUACUUCCACCGCAGUCCGAAAGCAAAGCACCUGUUCGAGGAAAACCAGAGAACCAUUCUCAAACUGACGUGUCCGCUCAAGCUGAUCACAGACGUCUCCACAAGGUGGAAUAGUGCUCAUGAUAUGAUGGAGAGGUUUUUGCAACUGCAAGCUGCCGUGCACGCCACCCUGUUAUCGCCUGAACUAAAUGUAGACGAAAGUGACAUCGUCACCCUCAGCAGAGCAGAUCUGGUUAACGUGGAGGAGGCAGUGAAGACACUGAAACCGAUGAAGGAUGCUACUUUCUGCAUGUCCGAGGAGAGCACUCCUACAGUCAGCCUCAUUGCACCAGUACAUGGGCAACUCGUCCAGAGCAUGUCAGACACUAUUGGAGACCCACCACUGAUCCGUGAUGUGAAGAAUGCCAUCAAAUCAGAUCUCCUCAAGAGGUAUAACAGUGAGGCAGAGAAGAAGAUCCUUUACACGUCAUCUGCCCUGGAUCCUCGGUUUAAAGGGUUACCUUUCCUGGCAGAGGAGGAGAGGCUGGAUGUCUACGCUGGAGUGACUGCCGAGGUUGCAUCUCUGGAGUUUGAAAGGAGACGUAUGAGUGAAGUCGAUGAAGCAGGAAGUUCAGGAAACCAGGAAGAGUUGCACUAAGUUUUAGUGACUAAAAGCUGUGAUUUUUUUUUCAUGUAACCAAUUUUAUUUGACUCAAACCAGGAGUGACACAAGAGGCAAUAAAAUGUUGUUGAAUGUC